GCGUACAAUGAGCAUACCGUCAGCUGUUGUGUGGGUUUAACUUAUUUCCCCAUUCUCCUCUCCCUCAAUAUCUUUCCGAUCCUAAGCAAUUUGUGAACGUUGAUGGCAUUGCAGCCAAAAUAGUUUCCAACCAAACACAUUGUUGCUAUGUGUGUGGCACCGGUUUUAUUUUUGAAAGAGCGCUACCUACCCCGUGCGUUUCCAGCGUUUUCCAUUUGGAAAUGGGGGUAGACUGCGCGCGCUGGUGAACAACUAGAGUGACUCAACCAAGUUUCCCUUCUGUCUGAGGAAUGAGUAUACAUACGGUCGGGAGAGGACGAGCCGAAAAGCGCAUGAUUGAAUGAAUAAAAUGGAAAGCAAAGACCUCGACACCGAUUUGGUGGGAAAUGUGUUGCCUGAAGCAACAUCUCCCCACCCGGCUCAGGACCCAAACCCCACAAAGGAAGACACUGAGGGGUUGACAAGCCACCCGAAAACAGGCUCAGCCCAGAUAAUGGAAACCUACACAAAAAAAGACAAAGAAAGGAGAGUGGGGACCCCCAUGAAACUGGACGUCAUCCCGAAGUCACCUGCUACACCGACAUCGCCCAUGCCGGGCUCAAGUUCUAGCCCCAAACGUAAUAAAGACACAGUGAAGUCAGAGGACAGACAGAAGCUGGCCAAGGAGCGGAGAGAGGAGAAGGCCAAAUAUCUGGACAAGCUCGGCCAGAUACAAGCGGCGAAGAAGUCCCAAUGGCUGGAGAAAGAGGAAAAGGCCCGGCAGCUGAGGGAGAGCCAGCUGGACGAGCGGCGCAGGAAGCUGGAGGAGCAGCGGAUCAAGACAGAGAAACGUCGCUCUGCCCUGGAGGAGAGGCAGAAACAAAAACUAGAAAAGAACAAGGAGCGAUAUGAGGCUGCCCUCCAGCGGUCCACUAAGAAGACCUGGGCUGAGAUCCGUCAGCAGAGAUUGUCUUGGGCCGGAGGCCUCAGCCAGAACUCCAGCCAGAGAGAAAGCAGAUGCUCCAUGUCGGCGGUCAACCUGCCCAAACACGUGGACUCGGUUAUAAACAAGAGACUCUCCAAGUCCUCCGCCACCCUUUGGAAUUCCCCCAACAGAACAGCCCGUAGCCUCCAGCUGAGCCCGUGGGAGAGCAGCAUUGUGGACCGACUGAUGACGCCCACCCUGUCCUUUCUGGCCCGUAGUCGCAGCGUCGCCAGCGUGCUCAGCAACGGUAAAGACCAGUCGCCCCUAUGCACUCGUUCGUCUUCGGCCAGCCCGCUGACGCUGUGUGCCCACCGGCCUCACCACCGCUGCUCCGACCGCUGGAGGGUGACGUCCAGCACGCCCGACAUCACCCAGCGCCGACGCGACUCCACGCCGAUAGAGAAGAAAAAGAAAGAGAAGAAGGACAAGGAGCGGGAGAACGAGAAGGAGAAAAGUGCUCUCAGCAAAGACACGGUGCUGAAGAAGAGACCGUGCUUACCCAGUAUGAGACACAAACCGGACCCCAGUCCUAGUCCCUUAUCCAGACAGCGGGCUGCCUCACCUGCCACUACUCCUAGAGCAAGACCUUCCUCCUCCUCUCCUAGCCCUGCUGCCUCCCCCAAACCCCCCUCCUCAGCCCGGGCUAGUCCCUCCACCCCCAAGGCCCGGCCCAAGAGGGCUAGGACCCCGGCUCGGGUGGACCACGGGCGCACCUCCUCCCCCGUACCCCUGGAGAGGGCCAGGGAGACCCGCGGCCGUAGGUCAGCCACACCCGAGGAGCCCAAAGGCAAGAGCUCCCCCGUUCCUUCAAUCGUGGUAUCCUCUGCUCCGGCCACGCUCCCUUCGCUGAGUACACCAAUCACGACGGCCACCGCCACUCCCUCUGAGGUCCCUCCUUCUGCCCAAUCAACCCCCAGUGUCCCUGCAUCGUCCCCAGCCCCAGCCUCCUCGUCAGCCAAGCCCAUGGCGGGCACCAACAACCCCGAGGAGGCCGCACGGAUCCUGGCCGAGAAGAGGAGGCAGGCCCGGGAGCAGAGGGAGCGGGAGGAGCAGGAGAAACGCGAGCUGGAGGAGAGAGAGAAGGUCCUGCGAGAGGAGCGUAAGCUGCGGGAGGCGGAGGAGAACAAGCGCAGAGAGGAGGAGGCGCGCCUCAUGGCUGAGGAGCAGCGCCUGAGAGACGAGGCCCAGCGUGUGGAUGAGGAGAAGGAGGCGCAGGAGAGAGCCAGGGCAGAGCAGGAAGAGAAUGAGCGCCUACAGAAACAGAGAGAGGAGGCUGAGGCUAAGGCCAAGGAGGAGGCCGAGAAACAGCGUCUGGACAGAGAGAAACACUUCCAGAAGGAGGAGCAGGAGAGACUGGAGAGGAAGAAGCGUCUCGAGCAGAUCAUGAAGAGGACACGCAAGACAGACGGAGGGGAAAAGAAAGACACCAAGUCCCCACCUCCCUCCCAGGUCAAUGGCAAAGAGGCCAAGAGCAGCAAAGCCUCUGCUGACUACCAGCCAAGCCCAGAGAUCAGCAAGAAUACAGAGAACGACCAUAGUGGUUUGAGAGACAGCUCCACGGUCCAUGUGGUCAACGGUGUCCAGCCUGUCAGACACGAGAAUGGCCUGUCUAGCAUCGUUCUAUCUAUCUGACAAUCAUUUCUGUUCUACGUUAUAGCUACAGUAUAAUGUUACAUCUUCCUGAACAGGCCCGAGGGGAAAAUCUGCAACUGAACCACUUGGGGCCGUAGUCCUUUUGUCUGUAACCAUGUUUCACCCUCCCACAGCUCCACGGUCCAUGUGGUCAACGGUGUCCAGCCUGUCAGACACGAGAAUGGCCUGUCUAGCAUGGGGGACACCGCACACUUUGAGGAGGUCAUCCAGCUAGCCAAUCAAGGCAACAGCAGCAACGGGGGGAGGGAGAAAUCAGAGAGUGACAUGCCCACUGAACCAAUCCUGGCCUUUGAAAGUGAUGAGCCCUUCCUGAAAAAAGUGGGCCCCAUGAAGCCUCAGCAUGUCGCAGAGGUCCUGUGAGGUGUGCCACUCACAAAGGCGAUUCUUAGCCCCCCCCCCCCCCCCCCUUCCCGAAUCCAGCCUCCACUCGUACGGGUGAGGGCCCCCCUCUUCCCGAAGGUGCACAUCCCCUAUGAUCUGUGCCAAACCAAUCACAGACUGCUUUCUAGGCCACAAAAAACAUAAACUUUCCCUGGGAAAAGGGCAGAAGAAGAUGAAGAAGAAGCAACAACUCUGCAUUCUGCAAAAAAGACACAAGCAAAACACAAAAACAGGAUAUGACGUCAUCGCCACCCGACAGGGUGCAUCAGUGUUACCAUUUGUAGAUGGUAGAAGAUAUCGCGGCAUCAAUUCUUCCACAGCAGUAUCAUCCAUGGUAGAUUUCAGUAGCCCUGGGGGUGAAAAAUACACAUUUGACACAAAUGAGUAGUUGUUGUUAUUAUUAUGAUGACGAGUUGAAAGAGAAGUAAGUUGGCUUUUUGUUUCUAAUGUUUAGUUUAUUUAAGAGAAAUGUAAGGACUGGGUACAGCUAUAUGUGAAUAAUGUAAAUGAAAACUUGAGAGUUGGAAUAAAUGAGGGAGAGUGGUCUGUGGAAUAAAUUGUGUGUGAAUUUAUGAAAGGAAUCCCAAUGCUUACUUAACUCCUGCCUUUCAAGGUUUUCCCAGUAACUAAUAUGUAUUGGAAAUGUAAUGAUAUGGUCUCUAUAAACGUAUUUGUAAAUGCUCUGUAAAUGGAGCUACACUGCAAAUAGAAUGUCUCCAAAAUACUGAAGAAGACAUUUGACAACGUUUUGACAAUGUAAGAAUGACAUUGUUGCAGCACAGCGUCAGCUGUCUCCAAGGAGCACUAUAGAAAUGAACAAGGGAUUAGUUGAACGAAAAACAGCACACGCAUGGGUACUCCAGAUUCAGGAUUGGUAAGCCUUGGGUCAAAUCAGUGAUCCAUUCAGUUUAAUCAGUGUUGAAACAGAAUGUACACAAGGGCAUUCCAUCCCACUAUUUUAAAAAUCAGUGCAGUUUAGUUUUUUUCUAAACCUGAGCAAGAAGCACGAUAUGCUGCCACCUCCAUCGAAAUUCCACAGAUUCUAAUGUGUUUGAAAAUGAAAUGCUGGUGUGUGUAUAUGCUAUAAAUAUAUUUCGUUGUGUAUUGAAGGGUCAAAGGGAGUAUCGGGAGUCUUAUUAAAGAGAACAUUGUUGUCCAGUA